AUGUGGCCCAGUCUGAACAGAAACCAGGUGCGAAGAGAGAUCAAACUGGGAACCGUCUCCAUCUUCUGGGUGAGCUUCCCCACGGUGGCCUUGUUCUUCCCUGAGAUCAGAGGAUACAGCAAACUUCAUGACAACGUCGGAGAGUCUGCCUCGGGUGAGAGAACAGCCAUCAACUUUAAAAACCCACCUUCACACUUGCAUAAGCAGCAUCAUAUAUUUAAGAUCCCCACGCCGUUCACCAGCCACGCCUUCCACCCAGUCGAUGGUUUUCUGCAGAGUCUACCCUACCACGUCUACCCUUUCCUCUUCCCCCUGCACAAGGUAGUGUACCUCUCCCUCUUCGUCUUCGUCAACAUCUGGACCAUUUCCAUACAUGACGGGGAUUUCCGCCUCCCUGGCCCCCUGGUCCAGGUGAUCAACGGCGCCGCCCACCACGUGGACCAUCACCUCUUCUUUAACUACAACUACGGUCAAUACUUCACGCUGUGGGACCGUCUGGGCGGCUCGUACCGACAGCCGUCAGCCCUGCUGGGGAAGGGGCCGCACGACCUCGUCCGCAAGCUGACGUCUGAGGCAGCAGAGAGUGAUUUGAAACAUUUUGAAACUUGAAAAUAAUAUUUCAGCACCUUAAAACAGUAGAUGGAUCAUUUUUAUUGGAUUCUUUUAUUGGUUUGAUGGAACUGUUUACCAUUUAUUUGAAUGUUUGCCCAUUUAUGACCCAGAAGAGAACUUGGUUCUUUCUUCUAGGCUGGCUGGGGUUGAUGUGAGGAUUAUAGACUUGACUCUUUCCAGAAAGGCUGGAUUUUGUUUUGGGCCUACUCUCAUUUCAUUCAAUUAAUUUUUUUUCUCCCAAGUCAAAAAUGUGACAUAUGCCAAAUGAACUAGACUGAGAUCACUGACGCCAAGCCAGCAGUCCACCAUCUGACUUUUGUAACCACAUGGCCCUUUUUCUUCUACCACCAUCAGGCCAACAUGACAACUCCAUUAGUUUUCAUUCAACUUUUUCAAAUUUGCUGUGUAAGGACAGAGUCUCAU